AGCAGGGAAACUGCGAGGGUGGCACCGGAAGUGACGAGCAGUCUGCGCGCGGAUGGCGGCAGCGGCGAUGGCGGCAGCGGCCGGUGGAGGGGCUGGCGCGGCCCGCUCCCUCUCGCGUUUCCGAGGCUGCCUGGCUGGCGCGCUGCUCGGGGACUGCGUGGGCUCCUUCUACGAGGCCCACGACACCGUCGACCUGACGUCAGUCCUGCGUCAUGUCCAGAGCCUGGAGCCGGACCCCGGCACGCCCGGGAGUGAGCGGACAGAAGCCUUGUACUACACAGAUGACACAGCCAUGGCCAGGGCCCUGGUGCAGUCCCUGCUAGCCAAGGAGGCCUUUGACGAGGUGGACAUGGCUCACAGAUUUGCUCAGGAGUACAAGAAAGACCCCGACAGGGGCUAUGGUGCUGGAGUAGUCACUGUCUUCAAGAAGCUCCUGAACCCCAAAUGUCGCGAUGUCUUUGAGCCUGCGCGGGCCCAGUUUAACGGGAAAGGCUCCUAUGGCAAUGGAGGUGCCAUGCGGGUGGCUGGCAUCUCCCUGGCCUAUAGCAGUGUCCAGGAUGUGCAGAAGUUUGCCCGGCUCUCAGCCCAGCUGACACACGCCUCCUCCCUGGGUUACAAUGGCGCCAUCCUGCAGGCCCUGGCUGUGCACCUGGCCUUGCAGGGCGAGUCUUCCAGCGAGCACUUUCUCAAGCAACUCCUGGGCCACAUGGAGGAUCUGGAGGGUGAUGCCCAGUCCGUUUUGGAUGCCAGGGAGUUGGGCAUGGAGGAGCGUCCGUACUCCAGCCGCCUGAAGAAGAUUGGAGAGCUUCUAGACCAGGCAUCGGUGACCAGGGAGGAAGUAGUGUCUGAGCUAGGGAAUGGCAUUGCUGCCUUUGAGUCAGUACCCACCGCCAUCUACUGCUUCCUGCGCUGCAUGGAGCCAGACCCUGAGAUCCCUUCUGCCUUUAAUAGCCUUCAAAGGACUCUCAUCUAUUCCAUCUCACUUGGUGGGGACACAGACACCAUUGCCACCAUGGCUGGGGCCAUUGCUGGUGCCUACUAUGGGAUGGAUCAGGUGCCAGAGAGCUGGCAGCAAAGCUGUGAAGGCUAUGAGGAGACAGACAUCCUGGCCCAAAGCCUGCACCGUGUCUUCCAGAAGAGUUUAUGAGGGCUACAGCUGUUGGGGCUCUGCCAGGUCCCCUGGGACCAACUACAGCUCCAGUCAGAAACCCUGAGCUUCCUUGAGUGUGGCUCCCCACUUUUCCUGCAUUGUGGAACUGACUGAGUACACCAGUUAGGCUGGGGUCUCUUCAGGGGAGGUCACUGGAACAGCGAGCAAGGGACUGGUGCCUCGCUGGUACUGGGUCUCUGGUUUGCUGCAGAGCCAUAGGACACUCCCGGCUCCUCAGUAGGACAGACAGACCCAGGCGGGUUUAUUUUGGAGGGGUACUUGUGGCAUUUUCCUGUAUUGUCUUGGACAUGGGAUGUGGGGAGGUGGAAAUGAUGAGCAGUAGCAUAAUUUCUCCCUGUUGGGUUUUAGCCAGUCUGCCAGCAAGCGCAUCCUAGCAGGGUCCCCGAGCAGCAGGUUGUGUGGAUGAAGGGACAGGCACUUGCAUCCAGCUGAUCUAGGUCACACCUGGCUCUUGGCUGCCAUGUGGCUUAUUAACAGCUUCCAGUGGAAGUCGCAAUAAACAGUUUUUGGUAAAUCUCA